CCUCAAACAAAAGGAGAACAUUGAUCCCAACUUUCAAACUGACUCCUCAAUCAGAAAUCACUACCGCAGAAAGAAGAAUGAACCUGGUCCUCAAACCAAAGGGGUUAAUCUCAAAGCCAACAAGAAACCGCUGCAAAUUCUUAGCCCCAAGAAAAAGGAUCGUCAACUGAAGCCAAACUCUACUUCCCUUCCCAUCUCCUUGAAAGCCAUCGAAGAAUUCUUCAUUACGGCUCAGAAGCAGAAAGAGUGCAAUCAAAUUGAACCCGAUGGGAAGACGGAAGACGUAUCGAUGUCGGAAUCCGCGUCCGGUGAAGGCAGCGAAAGAAAUCUACCGGAUGGAAGUUUGGUGGCAUCAAUACCCAGCGCCAGCGAACCCUCCAGCGCUAUCUAAAUCUCUCCUCCUUUUCCCUCCUUUCUUCCUUCCAUCUUUCUUUAUUAUGUAUCGAUCCAACCUAAAAAUUCUUUCUUGGAACGUUUGUGGUGCAGGUGGGAGAAAAUUCAUAAGAGCUAUCCGGCUGCUUAGGGAUGUUCACAAACCAGAUUUCUUGAUUUUUCUUGAACCCAAGAUCAGCGGUGAGAGGGCUAACUCUGUUUGUAGCAGGCUGGGGUUUGAUGAGGUUAUCUGCGUUGAUGCAAAUGGCAGGUCAGGUGGUAUUUGGUUAGCUUGGAGGUCGGAGAGCUUCUCGAUUACCCUCUUGGAUGCCAGCCAGCAACACAUUACUGUGAAAGUAUCUAAAGCUAAUCACCCGGAUUGGUUGAUGUCUGGUAUUUAUGGAAGCCCUAAGUAUAAAUUCCACUCCAUCCUGUGGCAGCAGCUUUUCAAACCAGCAAAGACUGGCAACUUCCAUGGGUGAUAACAGGGGACUUUAAUGCUAUAUAUUCUCCUGACGAAAAGCACGGAGCCAGCUCCUCGCAAGACCUAAGGAGAUGCCAAAGAUUUUCUAACUGGAUGAACGAAGCCAUGUUGUUGGAUCUCGGGUUUUCAGGACCGCGUUUCACUUGGUUCAGAGGAGACUCAACGACUACUCAUAGAGCCAGCUGGAUCGACAGGACCCUUUGCAACGAUGAAUGGAAUCACACCUUCCCCAACACCACAGUUCAGCAUCUUCCGAAAUUUCACUCGGACCAUCUCCCCAUCCUAACUAGCUACACGGGGACUCAAGCGGGGGUUGACACUUCCAACGCCUUUCGUUUUGAGGCUGCCUGGUUACUUCAUCCUCAAUUCAAGGAGUUUAUGUCUGGGAAUUGGGAUAAAGAGGCAAUGCUAACCAACUCACUCAAAGAGAUGGCGAACAAAUUGCAACAAUGGAAGAAGGAAGUUUUUGGGUCAACUUAUCGCAAAAAGAAAAGGCUUUGUGCUAGGCUCCAGGGGAUCACUGAAAGGCUUGCCAACUCCUUCAAUCCUGGACUUCUGAAGCUCCAAAUAAAGCUGGAAAGAGAGCUCGACCUGAUUUUAGCUCAAGAAGAGGUUUUUUGGUUUCAAAGAGCCAAUGAAAAAUGGGUGAGGCUUGGAGAACAGAACACUUCAUUCGUUCAUCAACAAGCUACUAGAAGAAGGAGAAGAAAUAGGAUUCUAACUCUUCGUGGUAGCAAUGGUGAAUGGAUCGACAAUGUGGAGCAACUCCAGGCUAUGGUGGUCGAUUUCUACAGAUUGCUUUAUACACAGGAGGAGGGGGAUCACGAAGACCUGAUGCCGAAAGGAAGUUUUCCUCGACUUAAUCAAGAGGAGAUAAUGAGUCUGUUUCGCCCUUUUCACAUCUCUGACCUACACAAAGCUAUAUUUGAGAUGAAGCCAAUGUCUGCUCCGGGACCUGACGGCUAUCAAGCUAUCUUUUACCAGAAGUUUUGGCCCCUUGUAGGGAAGAAUCUCACUGAUAUGGCUACUCAAUUCUUUGAAUCAGGAAACAUCCCGGAAGAGCUGAUGGAUUCAACUGUCGUGCUGAUUCCUAAAGUAGAUCACCCAGAAACUCCAGCUCAAUUCAGGCCUAUCGGUCUUAAUAAUGUGGCUCUGAAAGCGAUUACUAAAGCUAUGGCCAACAGAUUGAAGCCACUAAUGCCAAAACUAGUGGCGCCUACCCAAAGUGGCUUCAUCCGGGGGAGACAGACUACUGAUAACAUAAUCCUGCUGCAAGAAAUGCUUCACUCUCUUAGAAAUAAGAAGGGUAAGAAGGGAGGAAUUGUCAUCAAAAUAGACUUAGAGAAGGCCUAUUCGUCUCAGUUGGAGUUUCCUGCGUGAUACCCUAAGGGAAAUUGGGCUUCCCAGCACUUGGAUUAGCAGGAUAAUGACCUGCGUGGAGAAAAAUCAAAUGAAAAUAAAUUGGAAUU